AUGUCUGAAAUUCUUAGGAUUCGUAGUCCUGAUAAUGGCUUCGACAUUUACCAUGCCUCCAACACGGGUACCGCUAACUUCCAUCUCCGCAAGACACAUGUACCAAGGAAGAAGAGCUCCAACACGGGUACCGCUAACUUCCAUCUCCGCAACACACAUGUACCAAGGAAGAAGAGCUCCAACACGGGUACCGCUAACUUCCAUCUCUGCAAGACACAUGUACCAAGGAAGAAGAGCUCCAACACGGGUACCACUAACUUCCAUCUCCGCAACACACACGUACCAAGGAAGAAGAGCUCCAACACGGGUACCGCUAACUUCCAUCUCCGCAACACACAUGUACCAAGGAAGAAGAGCUCCAACACGGGUACCGCUAACUUCCAUCUCCGCAACACACAUGUACCAAGGAAGAAGAGCUCCAACACGGGUACCGCUAACUUCCAUCUCCGCAACACACAUGUACCAAGGAAGAAGAGCUCCAACACGGGUACCGCUAACUUCCAUCUCCGCAAUACACAUGUACUAAGGAAGAAGAGCUCCAACACGGGUACCGCUAACUUCCAUCUCCGCAACACACAUGUACCAAGGAAGAAGAGCUCCAACACAGGUACCGCUAACUUCCAUCUCCGCAACACACAUGUACCAAGGAAGAAGACCUCCAACACGGGUACCGCUAACUUCCAUCUCCGCAACACACAUGUACCAAGGAAGAAGAGCUCCAACACGGGUACCGCUAACUUCCAUCUCCGCAACACACAUGUACCGAGGAAGAAGAGCUCCAACACGGGUACCGCUAACUUCCAUCUCCGCAACACACAUGUACCAAGGAAGAAGACCUCCAACACGGGUACCGCUAACUUCCAUCUCCGCAAGACACAUGUACCAAGGAAGAAGACCUCCAACACGGGUACCGCUAACUUCCAUCUCCACAACACACAUGUACCAAGGAAGAAGACCUCCAACACGGGUACCGCUAACUUCCAUCUCCGCAACACACAUGUACCAAGGAAGAAGACCUCAAGGGCCGACGGUCCCCUUAAUUCCCAACACUGA